AAAGUGCAAACGAAAACUGGCAGCCCUGUGUUUGACAGAUCGCAUACGCAGUGCAGUGGUGUAGAAAGUGAACGUGUGUGUUGUUUUUGAGAAUAUUUGAAUUUAAUGUUUAUAGUGAUUUACUGAAACAUAAAACAAGAUGGCGACCACAAUGGAGGCGUCGCAGAGCGUCAUCCAGUCGGAGUCGAGGGUCACACACUACCAGGAGGUGACGGAGACGAGGCAGGUCAAGAAGAAGAAGUCGAGUAGACGGCACAAGGAUGAGGGCUCUAUAUCCGUGUCAAAAAGUUCGGAAAAGCUGUUCAAGAAGAUGAAGGCUUCAGAGGAGAACCCAAACUGUGCGAAAUGUUCCCGUCCCGUGUACGCCAUGGAGAGAGUCAAGGCUGAACGUAGAAUUUGGCAUAAGGAGUGCUUCCGAUGUGUGCAGUGCAAUAAACAGCUCACGGUAGAAACAUACCAGAGCGACCACACAACGCUGUACUGCAAGCCGCACUUCAAGCAUUUGUUCGAGCCAAAACCCGUGGAUGAUGAUGAUGAAGUUGAUGCUGCACCAAAGAAACAUCAGAUGAUAAUUUGUGAAAGCAAUCCCGUGGAGCUGCCGCCAGAUGUCGUUAGAGCAUCAGACAAACCAGACCUAGGCCUGGAAGAGCUGGCGUCCCUGGACGUGAAGUCCCGUUUCCAGGUGUUCGAGAAGAAGGCCCAGGUGGAAGAACCCCCAGUGCUGGAACGGCAUCAUCAUGAGAAAAGUGCUACUCUGCUGUCUAAACUUGCUAAAUUCAAAGCGAAGGGAAUGGAUAUCGGUGUGUCUGACGAGUGCCUGAACGGCGUCGCCGUCGAACCUAGCUCCAGUGAACAUGAGGAUGGCGAUGACGAGGAUGAAGUCCUCAAAAACUCAUACAAGCACACAGGCAACCGGGAACAACCCGUCUCCUUCUGCAACAUGAGCGAAAUAGUCGGCCGCUUCGAGAGCGGGCAACACACGAACGAGGAGCGACACCGGGAGCGGAAACAGGAGAUACAGAACAUCAGGAGCCGCUUGUUUCUGGGAAAGCAAGCUAAAAUCAAGGAGAUGUAUGAACAAUCCGUUAUGCAGAGUGAACAAGGAGUAACAUCAUCUGAAAAAAUCGCAAAGGAAUUAGACUUGGACGCAGAGAAAGCAAAAGCUAUUAAGGAGAGGUUUGAAAACGGCGAAGUCUUUAAUGAUGAAAACCAACCUCCUAAGAACAGGGAGCUGGAAGAUAGAGCUGUGUUUAAUGAGGGCAUAGCGAAGAAGUCUAGGUCCAUCUUUCUUGAGCUAGACGCAAAUGCCAAAACAAUGCCUCCAGUAUCCCCCCCACCACAGGAAGCACCCAAACGGAAGGAGUUGCCAUUCGUGCCAAAGGACGUAGUUCGUGCUGCAGACAAAGUAGAAGACGUCAAAAUAGAAACGGCAGAUAUUUCCGAUCGUUUCAAAUUCUUUGAAACUUACCAACCUGAGACUAAACGGAAGGAGUUCAGGAUGACUCCGCCCAGGCAAACUCAGCGGCCAAAAUCCCCAUCCCCAGAGAUAUACCACGAGCCCAGCGUAGUCCGGAGCGACGAAACGCCAGCCGACACAGGCUUGGCCGCCAGCAGACACACCGCAUCCAGGAUGAUUAACGUCUUCCGGGAGAUGGAGGAGCAGACCAGGAGACCGGAGCCUGCUGCAGGCCCAAAGCCGCUGAAACGCUUCACCCCCCCUCCCCCCGGGGAGCACACCCACACGGGCGACACCAGCUCGGAGUACAGUGAGGACAGUGAGGAGGAGUACAUGGAGACCAGGGAAAGGGAUGAGGCGUUGGUGCAGGCUCAACAAUUAGCCCGUACAAAAAGUUUCCGCGACCGUUUCGAGAACUGGUCAGAGAGUGAGCGAACACCAGCUCGUCCCAUCUCUGUCCCGCGCGAGGAGACAGAAGAGGACGGAGAUUCGCUGGCCACUGCUAAGAGCUUACGCGAAAAGUUCGAGAACAUGAAAGUGCAAACGACUACAGUCACCAAAACUUUCGCGCCGAAAGUUAACAGAUUUGUGUGAUUGUUACCAGCACAUCUCCUCGUUACCAAAGCAGUAAUUUAAACGCCUAAAUCUUACUUGCCGUGUGAAAUUAAACAUAUUUAAUUACCCUUAUUAUUUUAGUCAAAAACAUAAGUAUGACUUGGUAUAUAAGUUAAAAAAUCAUGACAAUAAUAUUAGUAUAAGAAACAUACCUAUUAUUAUAUAAAUUUGUUCUUGGUUUUAUUUACUUUAGAUUAAAAAGUCUAUUUAUUAUUAUUU